UCUCGGGACAAGCGGGGACAGCGAAUCAAACAGAUUUAUUAGGGGGGAACAGGAUCUGCAGCAGAAGAAACAGAGAGGAGGAGGUUAGAUCUUCAACUUGCUCCUUCAGACGCGGUGCGCUCUCCUCUCUCCGCCGGACCGGGGCUAUGCACUGAUCGGCGCCGCAGCGAGGAAACAUGCAGCCGGAGGACAUGGAGAGCUCCAUGGAGUCUCCAAACCUGGAGUUUGAGUAUGGAGACUCGGACACCCUCACAGCUGAGCUCUCAGAGCUGUACAGUUACACAGAAGAGCCAGAGUUCGCCUUGAACAGGGACUACUUCGAGGAGGAUUUCCGGAGCCAUGCUCGAGGCAGACGGUGGACAGAACUGACUGUGGAUGAACAGAAAGCUUAUGUAAUGAGACUGCUGGACGCUCUGGAGGUGACGGACAGGGACAAGAGGCUGAAGGUGGCCAGGGCCAUCCUCUACCUGGCUCAGGGAGUGUUUGAUGAGUGUGACACGGAGGUGGAUGUGCUCCACUGGUCCAGGCACAACAUCUUCCUGCUUUAUGACAUGGGGAUCUUCACCGCCCUGCUGGAGCUGCUCAGCAUGGAGAUGGAUAACAGCCAGGCGUGCAGCAGUGCAGUGAGGAAGCCUGCCAUCUCUCUUGCAGAUAGCACAGAGCUCAGAGUGCUUCUGAGCAUCAUGUAUCUGAUCGUGGAGACGAUUCGCGUCCAAACAGAAGAUGACCGGCCAGAGUGGAGGGCAGCCAGAGAGGCCUUCAAGACUGAGCUGGGUUCGCCUCUUUACAACGGAGAGCCCUUCGCUCUGCUCCUCUUCACCAUGGUGACCAAGUUCUGCAGCAUGAACGCGCCUCACUUCCCCAUGAAGAAAGUGCUGCUGCUGCUGUGGAAAACAGUUCUGUUUACAUUGGGCGGGUUCGAGGAGCUCCAGCAGAUGAAGGUGCGAGCCCGGGAGCGCCUCAGCUUACCGCCGCUCCCGGAGGACAGCAUCAAGGUGGUGAGAGCCAUGAGGGCGGCGUCUCCCCCGGCAUCGGCGAUGGAGCUCAUCGAGCAGCAGCAGCAGCAGAAGAGAGGCCGGCGCAGCCGCAGGAGUGCCUUUGUUGAUAGCUUGGAAGGAGACAGUCCCUUUCCCAAGAAGCAGCCCCUGGUCAAGCAGGACAGCCUGGACACCUACAAUGAGCGGGACCCCUUUAAAAACGAUGACGCCCGGGAUGAAGAGGAGGACCCGGAGGACACGGACAGCGGCAUCGAGGGGGAGGUGGACCCGCUGGACCGAGACGUCAUCAUCCAGCCUCCGCCGCCCCCGCCUCCUCUGAGACCCCCCACAGAGAGGGUCAACUUCCCCAAAGGCCUCCCCUGGGCCCCAAAAGUUAGGGAGAAGGACAUUGAGCACUUCCUGGAGACCAGUAGGAACAAGUUCAUUGGUUUUACUUUGGGAAGUGACACAAAGACCCUGGUAGGGUUACCCAGACCCAUCCAUGAGAGUGUUAAGACCCUCAAACAGCACAAGUAUGUCUCCAUAUCUGAGAUCCAGAUCAAGAGGGAGGAGGAGCUCCUGCAGUGUCCGCUCAGCCUGGGUGAGGAGGAGGUGGAGGAGACACCAGCGGAGAUUUUAUACGUGGGAAUGCUUCCUAAUCUUUCGCAGUAUGUGAUCGCCCUCCUUAAGCUCCUCCUGGCAGCGGCUCCCACCUCCAAAGCCAAAACUGACUCCAUCAACAUCCUGGCUGACGUGCUGCCCGAGGAGAUGCCCAUCACAGUCCUACAGAGCAUGAAGCUGGGGAUUGACGUGAACCGUCACAAGGAAAUAAUCGUCAAGGCCAUCUCCGCGCUGCUGCUGCUCCUCCUCAAGCAUUUUAAACUGAAUCAUAUCUACCAGUUCGAAAUAGUCUCUCAGCAUUUGGUGUUUGCCAACUGCAUCCCGCUGAUCCUCAAGUUCUUCAACCAGAACAUCAUGUCCUAUAUCAGUGCCAAAAACAGUAUAUGUGUGUUGGACUUCCCCCACUGUGUGGUCCAUGAGAUGCCUGAGCUCACUGCCGAGAGCCUGGAAGCAGGAGACAACAACCAGUUCUGCUGGAGGAACCUUUUCUCCUGCAUCAACCUGCUGAGGAUCCUCAACAAGCUGACCAAGUGGAAACACUCCAGGACCAUGAUGUUGGUUGUUUUUAAGUCAGCCCCCAUCUUGAAACGAGCUCUGAAGGUCAAGCAGGCCAUGAUGCAGCUCUACGUUCUCAAGCUGCUGAAGAUUCAGACUAAGUACCUGGGCCGCCAGUGGAGGAAGAGCAACAUGAAGACCAUGUCAGCUAUCUAUCAGAAAGUCCGCCACCGGCUCAAUGACGACUGGGCCUACGGAAACGACAUCGAUGCCCGGCCCUGGGACUUCCAAGCAGAGGAGUGCGCCCUUCGGGAGAGCAUUGAGAAGUUCAACAGCCGGCGUUAUGAUAAGAACAGAAAUGGAGACUUUGUGCCGGUGGACAACUGCCUGCAGAGCGUGCUGGGCCAGCGCGUGGAGCUGCCGGACGACUUCCACUACAGCUACGAGAUGUGGCUGGAAAGAGAGGUGUUCUCGCAGCCCAUUCAGUGGGAGGGUCUCCUACAGAACCCGUAAUGGGGGGACGCAGACGGAUUCAGGGUCUGGUUUUGGUUACAGAAAUGAUCUAACUUUUGCUGAUGAAACAGGGAACAGUUUUAAGUCUCACCCCAGGCUAUGCAGUAAAAGGAAAAACAAGGUUAGGAUUGGGUCGAUUUAAUGCCGCACACGUAAAUGUUUCACUAACAUGUGCCUAAGACUACUGUGACCAUGUAAGCACAUAAGGAUGAAAGUAGCAUUUGAAAAAUAAUUGUGAUUGUUGUAGCGUGACAGCAGUCAGUCACACUGCCCCCAAUAAGGCCAGUCUGUCUUCUUUCGUAGCUCGGUGCUCUUCUGAUUCCUUCCUGAAGUUUUUUGUUAUGCGUUUUUAACCCUGUCCUUUAAAAAACUGUUUUAAAACUGUCCUUUUAAUAUUAUUCUACAAAAAGAAGUGCACAAACUAUUGGGUUUUAGAUCGUAGGGAGUUAAUAGAAACGUUUUUAAUAUGCAUCAUUUUCUUACAGAAAGUUAUUACAUAAAUAUUACAUGUAAUAAAAUAGGGACCUUGGAGCAACAAAAGAAAUAAAAACUACCAAUUUUAAGUAUAUAAGUUUGUUCAUGGAUGGUGUUUAUAAAAAUUAAGCAAACAAAAAAAAGAGUUAAAUGAAUAUCAAACAAUACCACUUGAAUAAUAAAGUAUAACCCUUUAAAAGGAGAUCUUGCUCUUUUUACGCACUGUUCAACUUAUAAACAGGUUCCUCUAUCAGAGAUACAUAUCAGCACUAAAGAUCUGCAAGUGUCUCUGUAAGAAAUCUCACUUUGAAGGGCGUAGUCCUAUAAAUAUGUAUGAUAAUAUAUAAUGAUACAGGGCAGCUUGAAUAUUCUAAUGUCAUUUUAUAAAUUCUUGUGCCACUUUUUUUUUUCUUUUUCCGAAAAUGUCGCCAAAAGCUCUAAACCGGUUUGCCAAAAAAAAAAAAAAGUCACCCCUGUAAAGUCCUUUAUUUAUCACUCAGGGUUUGUUUGUUUUUUUGCAUUUUUUGACCUUUUCUGUUUUUUUUCUUUUGAUUUAUGAAUUCAUAAAGAUUUUUAAACACACAAUUUAAUUACUUGUUAAUGUGUUUUGUGUCAGUGAGGAUGUCAAGGUUAGCUUCAGGGUUAUUUUUGGAGCAUAAAAAAAAUUAAGAAAAAACAAAACAAUGAGAGGUGAUAAGCCUGAAACUAAAUAAUUAUUAAUUUUGUAUGUGGUACCUGCCAAAAUACACCAAAUAAACUAAGCUAGGUAAUUGCUAAAGUUAAAGCUGUAAUAAAAAAUGUGACUAUUUUUUGUUUCAUCUGAUGCCUGGCCUGGAAUUAAUUUAUUAAAAAAAAUAUUUAAAAACGUUUUUGCUGUUAGGAUUUGUCUCUUCAGCUUCUUUAAAUCUAUAAAAACACCUGAACAAGUUUAAUUUAUUGAAAUUUCUCCUUUUGAAUCGAAUGAGGGAAUUUUUUGAGGAUUUAUAUUUCCAAGCUUCUGCUGAACAAACUACAUUUCUCAAAUCUUAGAGACUUAGCACAAAAUAUAACUGCUCACUGAUACUGGGAUUUGAUUGUAACAAGAAUUGUUGACCUUUUUUUGUAUUUUCUCUCCUUCGCGUUGCAAGUUUCCCAAGCAUCCAGUAUCAUUUUUUAGCACACAGACAAGCACAAAGGGUCAUUUUUGAUGUAAUUGGCAUUUGAAGUGUGCGUCCUCUCUGCAUCUACAUGUGCAUCUUUGUAUUCAGGAGAAAGCUCAUUUUGAAGCUCGGCUGUUCGCCUCUAUGUAAAAAAAUUGUGCAUGACCGCCGUUCUUUUCUGCAACAGUUUUCAGACGCUAAGGUUGAAAGAUAAUAUGUGAUCGGUAUCUUACCUGCAGUAGAAAACAUGCUAGGGGCAUACAUUUAAUAUGAAUUUUUUAUUUUAUGAUUGCAUAGGCUGAAGCUAAACCUAUUUAAACAAAGACUAAAAACAAUGCACUUUUUUACUGUCUUAUUUAAAAUAAAAAAGCAAUGUAAUUGUUUUUAUGAGAACCAUUUUCUGUUUGAGAGUCUUUUACACAAAGACCAAUUUUUUUUUUUUUAGGAUUAAAUUUAGCAACUCUGCAGCACCAAUAAUCUUCCUGUGUGAAAUGUGCAUGCAGAAACAAACCCUAAAAAUUUAUAAAGAGGCAUUAACCUAAACUGCUGUUCAUUUUCAUAAAAAAUUGAAAUAAUCUAACCAGAAAUGCUUUCAUGUUAUUUUCCCAUCAUGAUUAGCAUAAGAUAACUGGUGUCACCAGCCCCUAAAUCCAUAUUCUAGUGUAGAUAUCAAUGACAGUUGUGCACAUAAAAGUAACAAUGUAAAUGUGAGGAAGAAUAAAAAGCGUUUUUAAGAUUGGAGAUGUUUUCAUGUGAGAGAAAUCUGCUUUAAAUCGUUCCUUCUCUGGUAAGCUAUCAUCUUUAAUGUCAAGCAUAUUUUUUUUUAUUAAUAAAGACGUAGAUUAGAUUGAAACUGCAGGUAAGAUGUUAACAGUUUAUUAUCUUUCAAGAUAACUUUGAAAUGUUUCUAGCAUUAUUGCAUUGUUUGAUAUUUUUCCUGUUACACCACUAUGUUCUUCUAAAAGAAAAUAUGUAGUUUAAAGAUAGUUUAUAUAUACCGUAUAUAUUCUCAGGUUUAUUGAGAUAAUAUAUAGCAAAACAUUUAACAUCUUCCUCGCUGUUAUCUAGCUCACUUUGCAUCGAGUAGUAUAAAUAAUCACUCUCGAAGUCCAGUUCUAAAAAAGAUGACCUUGAGGACUUCAGCACUGAAGGGUGUGCACGAUUGUGAAGUUGUUUGUGUCAGCUAAGUUAAAAGAUUUUGUUUUUGUAUGUUGUGCCAAAUUGGAGUGCCAUUUCCUAUUUGAUUAUGUUGAUGGGGUUUGCAUUGACUUAUGGGAGCACAUUUCCGCCACAUGAAAAAAAUUCCAAAUAGAAAGUCUUAUUUUUGAGUUUUAAAGUCAUAAUUAUGAGUUAAAAAGUCAUAAAUAUGAGAUAAAAUAUUUGAACGUCGAAUAUCUCAUAAUUAUGACUUUGAAACUCAUAAUUAUGACUUUCUAUUUGGCUUUUUUUUUUUUUUUUUCAUGUUGCAGGAAUGGAUUUCCAUAGAAUCACUACUGGGGGUUUGCAAUACAACUGUUUUUUAUUUUUUUUAAUCCUUUUUAUCUGUACAAUUGAUUUAAAAAAAAUUCUGUUUCUUGUAUCUGGUACAGUAUUUUACAGGAUGUGUGUAUAACUCUAUGGAUGUUACACUAUAUAUAUAUAUACAUAUAUGUGUGUAUUAUUUUUUUUAUUAUUUACUCUUCCAUAUCUGUAUAAUCUGGAUAGGGGUAUGUGCAAUUACAGAUCCACAGAGGCAUUAUACAACAGAGGGAGAAAUUACAAUAUCAGAGUUACCUAAUAAACAGUGUC